AAUUACGCCUCGCAACUGAUACUUUAAAAAAGAGGGAAAAGAACGAAGACGGAAAGGGGAAAACCGGAAAGCAUCAGUAUUCAGUAGUUCGAGCCCUAGGGUUUAGGCCGCACCCCUCCGAGAAGUCGCCACCUCUGACACCGGUCACAUAUUGAGGAAUUCGGUAGCCUGCCCCAAAUCCAAUUAUGUCGAAGAAGAAUAAUUUGGCCACCAGAAGAAGGCAACAUGCAUUCGACCUCCAAAGGGAAAAGCAGGAGAAAGAACUAAAGGAAAAGAAGCUGCAGGCCAAGAAAAACAAGAUGAAAGUGGAUGGUGGCAACAAAAAGAAGGGAGGGGGCAAGUUUCCAGUGGGGAAGAAGAAGCUGAAAACAAAAUUGACGCAAUUGGCCAAAGCUAAAGCUGCCCAAGCAAUGGAGCUGGACAAAUGAAGUUUUAUGUGAGGUAGAUAGGAAUUCUCUACUGUAAGAAGCCAGAUGUCAUUUAUGUUUGUGGCAAUUGAAAUUUGUGUUUGUAGCUAAGAAUGAAGAGGAACAGUCACAUUUUUGUUUAUGGCUUUAUGCAAACUAUUUAUGGAAUAACAAUUUUUGUUAAAAGUGUUUCAUUUUAGGCUUAUUAUCUGUGUGUAUUCCUAGGCGGAGGGAGGGAGGAAGGUCUUGUUCAGUUUAUAGUGCUAGCUAUGCUGCGUAGAAAGCCACUUGUUUUAUUUUGUUUUCUGGUGUUUGUAUUUGGAGUUCGUUAUUCAGAUUCGGGUGCUAGGAAUGUUAUAUAUUCUUCCGAUGUUUAAAGACUGGAAUAUUUGAAGGCUUUCUUUUGUGAAUAUUAUGAAUGAGCUUAUGAGGAUGGUAGGUAGUUCCUCCUUGUUAUAAAACAGCAUAUAAUGUACAAUCUAUCAAAAUCAGUGGAUUCAGACUUGGGUUUGUAAGGUUAGGUGUGAAGGGUUGCUAAUCAUACAUGAUGGAGAAAAGUGCAGGUGAUUUAAUAGCUGUAGUUCUGAACCUGGUUAACUGCUGCCUAACAUGAUUCAUUGUGCCAAAUCCCUAGCAACCUAGACUUGAAAGUAGAAUUACAUGUGGAUUUGAAUCUUCAGGCUAAGGUGAGCAACAUAUGGAGAAUGUUCAUGCUAUCUCAUUCUGAGAACAUAAGUUCUUGUUUUAUGUUUGAAAUCUACAAAUUUCCCCCGACAGUCCUAACCUAGUACAUUCAACACCUGCUAAGCACACAAUUUUAGCUUGUUAUCCACCCCAGUCCUUAACCAAAUUGCAUGUCUUCCUCAUCACUCUGACUAUCAGACCACAGCUUAAUGGCGCGAUCACGCGACACAGUUGCAAUAUAUUGCCCAUCUCGUGCUAUAUCCAGUGACGUGACUUUCGCGUCAUGCCAAGAUAGUGUCUGAAUCGGCCUAAAAUCUGUUGAUGACCACACCUUAGCUGUUGUAUCAAAUGAACCAGUAACCAAGAAGCUUCCUUGUUGUGAUUCAAAUUUCACCUGAGAUAUAAGAUUUGAGUGAGCUGGUAUUAUACAAAGUGAUCUUUUCUUCCUUAAAUCCCAGACACGACAAGUAUUGUCUUCACCACCGGAAGCCAAAUGAUAGCCAUUAGGGGAGAAACUGACCCCAAGAACUGGCUUAACAUGACCUUCCAAUGCAAGAAUACCUCCCCCAGAUCUCAGAUCCCAUACUCUAACAAGUGCAUCAAGUCCACAUGUUGCUACCAAGGCACCAUCACCUUGAAAAGAUAUUCCAUAAACACUUCUACUAUGACCUUCUUGGAGAAGUAACUCUUCACCUGUCUCAACAUCCCACAGCCUCCAUGUCUUGUCAAAGCUAGUUGUCCCCAAGUAUUUUCCCAUUGGAUGGAAUGCAAUGCGAGAAAGACGAUCCAAAUGACCAUGGUAUGUGUUCAAGAUCAGCCCUUCUGUGUUCCAUAAUUUUGCUGUCCUGUCAGCGGAGGCUGUUGCGAUCAGGUCUCCAAUGGGAGAAAAUGCAACAUCUGUAGCUCUCUCUGUGUGACCGCCCCUUAGAAUUGCGAUUCUGGUCAUAUUUGGUAUGCUCCAUAUCCUUGAAUCUCCACUCAGUGAGCAGGUGGCAAGCAUAUCUCCUUCCUGUGAGAAGGAACAUCCUGAAAGAGGCCUCUCAUCGAAAUUAGUCCUCAAAGGUCUCCAUUCUAUGACCUCUGCAUCUACCAAGUCUUCCUGAUUGGGAUCACCAUCUCUUCUUGUCUUAGCAUGGUGAAUGCAUAAUGCCGCUUUUACAAUUGAAUACCUAGCGAUAUCUAGGCGAGCCUCGCGAAGGCGAUUUGACCCUUCAGUGUAGAAAGGAUACUGAAUUUUUUCCUCAGCAGAAGCAUCAUCACCUGCAGCAGCUUCAUCAUCCUCAUGAGCCUUCAACAGCUUCUCCAACUGGCCUUCAGAAUCAAGCUUCACCAUAAGCUCUCGCAGCCGUUCUCUUCUUUCCAUCUCCCGAUCACCAAAAAGGGUAACGGGCUCGCCCAAUCGACGAAGACGAGCUCGAACCGAUGAAUCGUUUGUAGGCACAGCAAGAGCAGCAGCUCGUCUCUUCAUGAUAUGAUCUUGGACUGCUUUCUCAUGCUUCUCUCUGGCCACUCUGAUUUCUUCCGAAAACUCGAAUUCGGAAGGUGACAAUGGCCGAGGAACUGAAACAGAAUUGAUCUCCUCAACAUCCAUUAUUAGGGUUUUCUUUAGCAAGUUGAUGAUUUCAGUCGGGGUGCUGAGAUUUGGGAUCAGCGCAGAAUGAAGUUCUUCCGCAAUUCAAUUAACCCCUCUAUUUAAAGGAAACUAUCUCGAAUCCAAAAGGUAAUAAUAAUUGAAACAACCGAAUCCUAUUUUAUUUCGGUUUAAUAUUCUACGUUCUCAUUUGUGUAGGGUGUUUGACCAAAAUAAUGCUCCAAAAUAGUGAAGGACAUUUUUUUAAUUUUAUUUUAUUUUUUUC